AUGGAUCCCUUGAAACUGUCAAAUGUAAUCGUCAAUUCAACUGGGGAAUUUCUUGGAUCGGUCACUUGUUUCACUCUACCUCCAAAGGUAAAUUCACCUGGAUUGGAAGAGUACUUGGUCAACAGCAAAUUUGAACCAUUGAGUUAUACAUUGCCAAAUCUGGAGGUGCUCAUGGCGGCGGUAUUUGGUAUCACCCAGGUCUUGAAUUUUGCGUUCAGAAGAAUAGGAGUGCCAUUGCUAAUUUCACAGAUUCUUGCAGGCCUGAUUUUUAAUCCAGCAGUGCUUCCUCAUAGUGUUUCAAAUGUUCUAUUUUCAAGGGCAGGUGUAGAAAAUCUUGUUACUGUAGCAACAAUGGGCUACCAGUUGUUUAUGUUUCAAAGUGGAGUAAAAAUGGAUAUGGAGAUGUUAAGAAAUGUAGAGGGAAAGGUCUUACUUCUUGGUGUUUCUUGCGUAUUAUUACCACUUCUACUCGGUCUAGCAACCUUAACAGUUAUGACCAAGCAAGAGUAUUUAAUGAAUUUCUUUAUUGCAACAGUGUAUUCGAUGUCUUCAUUUCCUGUGAUAGUUAGCCUUCUCCAUGAGCUAAAACUUCUAAACUCACAACUCGGCCGGUUAGUACUGUCAACAGCGCUAGUUAGUGACCUUGUUGGCCUUAUGCUUCUAAUUGUUUCAUCUUUGCUGAGAGCAGCAGACCAGCUCAAUGAAACCGGAGAUGGUGUAAUAGGGGUGCUUGUUUUCAUCCUUAUUGUUGCAUUGAUUCUUAGACCAGCAUUGAAUCUUCUAGCAAGAAAGAUGUGUGAUAGCCUGAAGGAAUUGUACGUUUACUUCAUCAUUUCACUGUUCCUGGGUUCUGUGUUGCUUUCACAUAUUAAUGGAUUGGCUGUUUUUUAUGGGCCCUUUAUUGUUGGUCUAGCUGUGCCAUCUGGACCGCCACUGGGAUCUUCUGUUCUGGAGAAGUUCGAAGCAAUUACAGGUUACAUCCUUGCAAUUUUUGUCACAUCAUGUGGCAUGAGGGUGGAUUUUGCAAACACAAAAUUUGACGAGAUCAAGUUAUCAAUCGCUGCAGUUGCUCUUACUGUAAUUACCUCGGCCAAAUUCUUGGUGUGUUACGUUUCACAUUCUUUCUUUUGGGAAUCGCCAACAAAAAAUGGUGCUGCCUUUGCCCUCAUAAUGUGUGCGAAAGGCGUCGUUGAGUUGGCCUUGUACAGUUUCUUGGAUGAUGCUCAGGCAAUAAUGGAUGAUGCUUUCAUUUUCAUGGUUGGUACAGUCAUCGUCUUUGGCAGCGUUGUCCCAAUUCUUGUGAGAAGGCUAUACAAUCCUGAAAAGAGAUAUCUAGGAUGCCUGAAAAGGAAUCUCAUAGAGUCCAGGCAAAAUUCAGAGCUGCAAAUUAUUUCUUGUAUCCAUGCACCAGGAGAUGUGAAUGCGAUAAUAAAUCUUCUUGAUGCCUCCUGUGGUGGAGAUAGCCCUAUUGCGGUUACAGUGCUUCACCACAUCAAGCUUGUCGGGCAAUCUACUCCUCUCUUCAUUUCCCACCGAAAGGGGAGGGUAAUAGUCUGUGAUUAUUUACAUUCAAUCAACGUCAUUCGUUUGUUCAACGAAUUCGAGCAAAACAGUCGUGGAUCGUUAUCGGUGAAUGCAGUCACUGCGGUCUCUCUACCGAAAUUCAUGCAUGAUGAUAUUUUCCCACUGGCAGUGGAGAAGCUCGCAUCUCUUAUAAUACUUCCAUUUCACAUUAGAUGGUGGAAACAAGAUGGUUCAAUUCAAUCAGAGGACCACAGCCUAAGGGAAUUGAAUAACAGGGUCCUUGAAAAGGCACCUUGCUCUGUAGGGAUACUAGUUGAUAGAUGCAGUAACCGGCGGCUAGUCUACAAAGAAGAUGCGCUAGCAGUAAUCAAUGUUGCUAUGAUCUUCUUGGGAGGUGAUGAUGAUAGAGAAGCCUUAACUUUUGCUAUUCGCAUGGCACAAGACACCAGGGUUAACUUGUGUGUGGCACAUCUCCUUCCAUCAAACUUGAACGAACUGGAAGCAAAACGAGAUAAUGUGGCUUUGAAGGGAGUGAAGGAAAAGGAUCACAUUACGUUUGGAGAAGAAGUGGUUGAUGGAGCAGCAAAAACUGUUUCACUUGUUAGAUCCAUGGUGCAUGAAUACGAGCUCAUAAUUGUGGGUAGAAGAGACAACUUGGAUGGCAUUACCCCACAGACAAGUGGUCUGAGACAAUGGUGUGAGUAUCCGGAGCUGGGGCUAAUAGGAGACCUCAUCAUAUCGGAAGACACCAAGGCAGACUGUUCCUUAUUUGUAGUUGAGCAGGCACGAGAACAAGAAGAAGAAUAGCAACAACAAAUGCCUUCGUAAAAGCAAACUAGGGUGCAUCUUAUAGUUGC